AUGUCGCAUGCUCGUUAUAUGUCCUGGCCCGAUGCGCACGUGCUGACCAUGGCGCCCAUCUACUCUCCAUCCGGCGCUGCCAACGAGUACCCUUCUCCUGCCGCUUCUCGUCGACCUUCCGAGUGUUUCUCAGAGAUGAGUAUGAGCAGCAGCAGGAGAGGUAGCUUGGCUGGAUUUGCGUCGGACAUGGAGAGUACAGGGCAGUGGCAAUCUGUAGGCAGCGAAUCCAAAAGUCCUUUGGCGCAAUUUGGAUUCUUCAAGAGUCUGACUGACAAAAAGACUACGAGAGAUGGUCAGCCACCGAAAAGAAGAGGACCUAAACCGGAUAGCAAGCCUGCUUUGACACGGCGACAAGAGCUGAACCGUCAGGCACAAAGAACACAUCGGGAAAGAAAAGAAUUGUACAUCAAGGCCCUCGAACAGGAGGUGAUACGUCUAAAGGACACCUUUGCCGCUACAUCACGGGAACGAGACGCUUUCGCAGAAGAGAACCGACGACUGAGAGAAUUGCUCAUGGCACAUGGCAUUUCCUUCGACACUUCCAGCCCGGCGAGCAACGGCAUGGGCAGAGUUGAUAGCUCUGCCUAUGGAAGUUCUACGGGCAGUGUAUCAGGCUACGGGCCAGGAUCAGCAUCAACUGGCUAUACAUCAUCACCAACACGCGGAUCAGGUUCUCAUGAUGAUUGGGAUAGACUUCGUUUUAACGUACGACCGAUCGCCCUACCUUUCUCCUCCACCCCAGCAGUAAUGCGCUUACGUCUUUUCUCUUCGUUCUGUUCGACUUCCGCUCGAGCGACCUUGCAUGGACCACAUGCAGUUUUUAAUGAGGAGAAGUAUCCACAUCAGAUGCCGGACGUCAAGAUGCCGGAUUUGAUGAAGCUGCUCGAUCUCAGCAACCGUCUGCCCCUUGAUGGGGAGAUUACGCCUAUUAUGGCCUGGGCGAAGAUCCUACAAGACGAGAACAUUCGGGAUCUCUCCAAACAGGACAUUGAGCUCAUAAAAACAGAGCUUCUUGCCAAAGUCCGCUGCUACGGCUUUGGCGCAGUCCUCGAGGAAUUCGAAGUCAGUGACGCCCUAAUGACUGUUCUUGCUGGCAAAUUCUCGAAUGGUCCCACGCCCGCAUAA